AUGCCUCAGGAAAAUCAGCAUGUGGAAAAGGAUUCCGGUGACGGAAAUGGCAAGAAUGGAGGGGUCCGACUCCGGCGUGGGCCGUGGUCUCCAGAAGAAGAUAGCAAGCUCUUAGAGCUGGUGCGAUUAUACGGGGGCGAAAAGAACCUAAACUGGGUGAAGAUAUCUCAGGUUCUGCAGACCCGGACCGCGAAACAGGCAAGGGAAAGGUAUCAUCAAAACCUCAAACCGUCACUCAACCGGACACCCAUCACCCCAGAAGAAGGGAAAUAUAUCGAGGAGCUGGUCCAAAAGUAUGGCAAACGGUGGGCCGAAAUUGCUAGACACCUCAAUGGCCGCAGUGAUAAUGCGGUGAAAAACUGGUGGAACGGUGGUGCAAACCGAAGAAAGCGAGCAUCUAUCCAAGGACUUGAUUCCAGCUCCUACGAGAAGCAAGAACCAAAUUCUGCGGACGAUAAGCCGAUGGAGCAGCUCCCUUCAUCAGAAGCAAUUUUGCCUCUUCCAAAGCCAAGCGUGAAUUUCAACGUCGGGAUAUUUGGAAGUGCGUCUGACGAAGUCCCUGCCCCCGCAUUUCAGUCUAUUAGGGCCGGAAGAAGUGCUUCCAUGGACACCAGAGCUUACAACUACGAACACCUGCCCCCAAUCCGAAAACGGAAACUAAUAGAUGACUAUUCAUCAGAGCCAAUCCGCAGACACUCGGCCGCAUCGAUCGGAUUAUCAGAACAUUCUGGUACUUCGAGCAUCCACCAUUUUAAUCAUAUACCUCCGCUAUCGGGAAACUCAUCACCAUACCCAUCUUCCCCGAUGUCGCGACUUUCGUCCAGAAAUUCAUCCAUCGUGUCGGCUGAUUGUACACCGCUGACACACGUGAGUGACGGCAACUCCAUCACUUCGAGAAGGUCGUCGAUGUUCGCCAACGUGGAGAUGAUGACAGCAGCCCCCCAGUUCAAGAGUCCAUCGCUGGCUCCUAGGAAAUCUGCAUCUGGAACCUCCUCACCACAAUUUUUCAGUACUGCUAAUAGUGGCAGCUACCACUCACCAAAUUUGCCGCUAACGUCGUCCUGUGGCCCGCCAGCAAAGAAGGAUAUAUUCAAGAAAGAAUUUGACUUCGGAAAACCCGCGCUUAACAACAAUUCAGCUAGCUCCGUUCUCCCUCAAUCUUCUUCCGAUGAUGUUAAGAAAGACAAGGAGAAAAUGAGCAUAUCAUUUUUAAUUUGA